AUUCCAUGACAUAACAAGAACGAUGCAAAAAUGGCUACCAUGGCACUACUGGGGGCAGACAACUUCCGCCGUUUCACUCCUGAAUCUUUAGUUGCCAUCAAGAAACAUAUCGCAGCCAAGAGACACUCGCCACCAGCAGAGAAACUGCGGCCUCAGCUUGAUCUUCAGGCUUGCCAGAAGCUCCCUGCCCUUUAUGGAAACCCUCCUGUGGAACUUAUUGGAGAACCCCUGGAGGAUCUUGACCCCUACUAUCAUGAUCACAAGACAUUCAUGGUCUUGAACAAGGGGAAAACAAUUUUUCGAUUCACUGCCACACGUGCUUUGUACAUCUUCAGUCCUUUUCACCGAAUCCGGCGGAUGGCAAUUAAAGUUUUGGUUCAUUCAUUGUUUACUUUGUUUAUCAUGCUCACUAUUUUAACUAAUUGUGUCUUCAUGGCUCUUUCGGAUUCAUCACAGACAAAUAGGAAAGAGACACCUUCAAGCAAAUAUGUUGAGUACACUUUCACUGGAAUUUAUACUUUUGAAUGUCUAAUCAAGAUUUUGGCAAAGGGUUUCUGCUUGAAUGAGUUCACUUUCCUGCGAGAUCCGUGGAACUGGCUGGAUUUCAGCGUUAUUGGGAUAGCGUAUGUAGGAGCGUUUAUUGAACUGGGAAAUGUCUCUGCUCUUCGGAUGUUCCAAGUGCUGAGAGCUUUGAAAACCAUCUCCAUUGUCCCAGGUCUGAAGGUCAUUGUUGGAGCUCUGAUCCAGUCAGUGAAGAAACUCACAGAUGUGAUGAUCUUGACUGUUUUCUGCUUGAGUGUCUUUGCCCUAAUUGGCCUUCAACUCUUCAAGGGACACUUGAGAAACAAAUGUGUCAAGAACUACACAGAAUUUAUCAAUCAGAGCAUAAGUAACAUUUCCUAUGAGAAUUUCAUCAACACCAAAGAAAAUUACCUACUGAAAAACGGCACCGAAGAUUAUUUGUUGUGUCACAACAGCUCAGAUAGCGGCUCCUGCCCGCCAAAAUACGUGUGCCUGAAAGUCGGAGAAAAUCCGGAUUAUGGCUUCACCAGCUUUGACACUUUUGGUUGGGCCUUCCUCUCCUUGUUCCGCUUGAUGACACAAGACUACUGGGAGCGUCUCUACCAGCAGACUCUUAGAGCAUCUGGGAAGAUCAACAUGCUGUUUUUUGUGCUGGUCAUUUUUCUGGGAUCGUUUUAUCUGGUCAAUUUAAUCUUAGCCGUGGUCACCAUGGCCUACGAAGAACAGAACAAAGCCACCAUUGCUGAAACAGAGGCUAAAGAGAGGAAAUUCCGGGAAGCCAUGGAAAUGCUAAAAAAAGAGCAAGAGGAAUUAAAUGCCAAGGAAAAUGACAGUAUGUCUCAUAGCUCCUUUGAAGUAUCACCAGCAGUAUCCAAGGAGGCCAAAGAACGAAGCAACCGAAUGAAGAAGUUGUCCUUGGGGACGGAAGAUUCAGGCCCAGCCUCGAAUGACAGUCACCGGAAAUCGGUGAUCUUCAACUAUGGUUAUGGCCUGACUUCAAACCCAGCGAAGCGGAGGCCAAGUCACGGGAGCGUCUUCAGUUUCCACGGAUCAGGGAGAGAGACUGGACCAAGGACUGAAUUUUGGGAUGACGAAUCUAACAGUGUUGGCGAGAUGGAGAUCCAUCGCGGCUGUCUUUUGCCUGCGCGGAUGGUAAGGCGGCCAAGCAUCCAAAGUCAAGCCAGUUAUGGAUCUCAUCCAGCUACUCCUAACUACCUGCAGUCUAACAGAUGGAAUGCCGGAGAGGAUUGCAAUGGGAUGAUCUCCUUGGUGGGACCUGGUGGAAUGAAGUCCAUGAACACGGAACCGCCUUCAGGCGAAGGAUUGUUGCUUCCUCCCGUUAUGGAAAAUCCCCGAAUGGGCAACCAGAUGUCUUUGUAUGAUGAAGCCAACAAGAUGGUCCAAGCUCAGCGACUGUCGGUGGACGAUUACAAUCAGCCACUCCAGAGGCAACGGGCAGCAAGUGCAGUCAGCAUUAUUACAAGUGUCCUUGAGGAACAUGAAGAAUCGUAUCGAAAAUGCCCCCGCUUCUUGAACAAGUUGGCCCGCAAGUAUUUUGUCUGGAACUGUUGCCCGCUGUGGCAGCGAAUAAAGAAGAAAGUGGGGGUGGUUGUAAUGGACCCGUUUGCCGAUCUCACGAUCACGCUUUGCAUUGUGAUGAAUACUCUUUUCAUGGCCUUGGACCACUACAAAAUGACACCCUGGUUUGAGAGAGCUCUUUCAAGAGGUAACAUGAUAUUCACAGCAAUUUUCACGGCAGAAACGAUCUUGAAAAUCAUUGCCUUGGAUCCUUAUUAUUAUUUUCAGCAGCGCUCCAAUGUCUUUGACAGCUUGAUUGUCCUGAUAAGCAUCAUGGAGCUGAGCAUGUCUACUGAGACCAAAGAGAAUAGGAAGGGCAAGAAAAGUGGGAAGAAAGGCAGCUUUUCCGUGCUGCGAACCUUGAGGCUGAUGAGAGUCUUCAAGCUGGCGAAGUCUUGGCCCACUUUAAACACCCUCAUAAAAAUCAUCUUAAAUUCAUUGGAUGCUCUGGGCAACCUUACCCUUGUCCUGGCCAUUAUCAUCUUUAUCUUUGCUGUCUUUGGGAUGCAACUGUUUGGGAGCAGUUAUAAAGACCACUGCAAGAAGUUAGAUCCCACUUGCAAUCUGCGCUGGCACAUGAAGGAUUUUUUCCACUCCUUCCUCGUUAUUUUCCGAAUCCUGUGUGGGGAAUGGAUCGAGACCAUGUGGCAGUGCAUGGUGGUGGCUGAACCGUCCCUGUGCCUGCUUGUCUUUGUGCUGGUUAUGGUGAUCGGAAAUUUAGUGGUUCUCAAUUUGUUCAUCGCCCUUCUGCUGAACUCCUUCAGUGCCGACAAUCUCACUCAGCUCCCAGAAAAUGACAGGGAAACAAACAACCUGAAGAUUGCCUUUGCUCGGAUCCACAGAGGGCUUCACGCUGCAAAACAGGCGGUGCUGACAGUUUUCUUCAGAGCUUUGGGGCUGAAGAGAAAAGCAGCCCCAAAGAAAGUAAAAUGUGACUUGGAGAAUAGUGGGGUAGAGCUGAGAAGCCAUGGUCAUAGUUCCAAAGAGGGUUACAGCAGCCACCAAGCGAGUGAGAAGAGCAACCAAGAUGAGUUCAUCACCAACCCCAGCGUGUUUGUCUGUGUUCCUAUUGCUCAUAUGGAAUCUGAUAGCGAAGGCUCAGAAGAUUUGGGUUCAGUCCCGGAGACAGAGUGUACGAAGCAGCAGGAAAACCAGCUGCGCUUGAGAGGAGAAAAGACCAAAGGCUGCGAGGUCUGGAGUCGGACAUCAGAAAUUUCUGUCCCAGAGGAAAGAAAUGUACAAGUGAAAGUUGGAUCCUCGCUGCCCAAGCAAAAGGAAAAUGGAGACUCAACCAGUUGCUCAGAAGGCAGCACUGUGGAUCUGACAGACCCAGAUGAAUUCCUGAAGAACGUCCCUGAGCUAGUUGAGGAUCUGAAGGAGCCAGAUGAUUGUUUCCCAGAAAGAUGCGUUCACCGUUAUCCUUGGUGUUCAGUGAAUACCACUAAGUUUCCAGGCAAAACGUGGUGGAAUCUAAGAAAGACAUGUUACCAAAUCGUAGAACACAACUGGUUUGAAAGCUUCAUUGUGUUCAUUAUUUUGCUAAGUAGUGGAGCUUUGGCAUUUGAAGAUAUUUACCAGAAUGAGAGGCAGAAUAUUAAAAUCAUGCUGGAAUAUGCUGACAAAAUCUUCACCUACAUAUUUAUCUUAGAAAUGUUGUUGAAAUGGGUGGCUUAUGGAUUCCACAAAUACUUCACCAAUGCCUGGUGUUGGCUUGAUUUCCUGAUUGUAGAUGUCUCCUUGAUAACUCUUAUAGCAAAUUUACUUGGAAAAUCAGAGAUCGGGGCCAUGAAAUCUCUCCGGACUUUGCGAGCUUUGCGGCCGCUAAGAGCCCUGUCACGAUUUGAAGGGAUGCGGGUGGUGGUCAAUGCCUUGCUGGGGGCCAUCCCUUCCAUUAUGAACGUGCUGCUUGUCUGCCUGAUUUUUUGGCUCAUCUUCAGCAUUGUGGGAGUCAGCCUGUUUGCCGGAAAAUUUGGAAAAUGCAUUAACAAGACUGAAGCAAAUAGCUCCAUCAAUGAAAAACUUAUUUCUCAGAAGUCAGAUUGCGAGCGUGAAAACAGCACCCAACUAUUGUAUUGGACCACCGUUAAAGUGAAUUUUGAUAACGUUGGCUCAGGCUAUCUGGCUCUUCUUCAAGUGGCAACUUUUAAAGGUUGGAUGGACAUAAUGUACGCAGCAGUUGACUCAACAGGAGUUGAACUUCAGCCAAAAUGGGAGUACAGCAAAUACAUGUAUAUUUAUUUUGUGAUUUUUAUCAUCUUCGGCUCUUUCUUCACUCUGAAUCUUUUUGUGGGUGUCAUUAUUGACAAUUUUAAUCAGCAAAAGAAAAAGUUUGGCGGGCAAGACAUCUUCAUGACAGAAGAACAAAAAAAAUACUAUAACGCUAUGAAGAAAUUGGGAUCAAAGAAACCUCAAAAGCCUAUUCCAAGGCCUUUGAAUAAAUGCCAAGGAUUCCUUUUCGAUAUUGUGACUCACCAAGUGUUUGAUAUUGCCAUCAUGACUCUCAUUUGCCUUAAUAUGGUUACCAUGAUGGUGGAGGCAGAUGAUCAAUCCUCCGAGAAGACCUAUGUUCUGAACAAGAUUAACAUUCUCUUUAUCACACUGUUCACAACUGAGUGUGCCAUGAAGCUGGUGGCUCUCAGACACUACUACUUUAUCAAUGGAUGGAAUAUUUUUGAUCUGGUGGUUGUGAUCAUGUCAAUUGUGGGUAAUGUGCUUUCUGGGAUUGUGGUUUAUAUCUCGCCGACCCUCUUCCGAGUCAUCCGUUUGGUACGGAUUGGACGGAUCCUUCGGCUCAUUCGAUCUGCCAGAGGAAUCCGGACUCUCCUUUUUGCCCUGAUGAUGUCCCUCCCUGCGUUGUUCAACAUUGGCCUCCUGCUUUUCCUGGUGAUGUUCAUUUAUGCCAUCUUUGGCAUGGCCAACUUUGCCUAUGUUGUAAGGGAAGCUGGGGUAGAUGACAUGUUUAACUUUGAGACUUUUGGAAACAGCAUGCUCUGCCUCUUCCAAAUCACUACUUCUGCUGGCUGGGAUGGGCUCCUCAGCCCGAUGUUAAACACUGGGCCUCCAUUUUGUAAUCCAGACCUCAAUGUUGCUGCAACUUCCUCCAGAGGAGAUUGUGGAAACCCUCUAGUGGGGAUCAUCUUCUUUGUGACUUACAUCAUCAUCUCUUUCCUCAUUGUUGUGAACAUGUACAUAGCUAUUAUUCUGGAGAACUUCAAUGUUGCCACGGAAGAGAGCACUGAACCUUUAGGGGAUGAUGACUUCGAAAUAUUUUAUGAAGUAUGGGAGAAGUUUGACCCCCAAGCAACCCAAUUUAUUUCUUAUUCUGAGCUGUCUGACUUUGCACAUGCCUUGGUGGACCCCUUGCGCAUCCCUAAGCCAAACAAACUUGCGCUGAUAGCAAUGGAUCUUCCCAUGGUCAGUGAGGACAGGAUCCACUGCUUGGACAUUCUCUUUGCUUUCACAAAAAGGGUGCUGGGGGACUCCAGAGAGAUGGACAUACUCAAGCAACAGAUGGAGGAAAAGUUCAUGGCUGCUAACCAGUCCAAAGCUUCAUACAAACCAAUCACCACCACACUCCUGCAUAAGUAUGAGGAGGCUUCUGCUAUGGUCAUCCAGAGAGCCUUUCGGAGUCAUUUGCUCCAACGUUCCAUGAAGCAGGCCUCGUUCUUACACCGUCACAAAAACUGUGAUGGUGAUAUCCUUGAUGAAGAUGCUCCGGAAAAGGAAGGUCUCAUUGCACAUUUGAUGAAUGAAAAUUACAUCAGAAAUCCGGAUGAGUCUCAAACACCAUCCUUAGAAUCUAUCCCUCCUUCUUACCACAGUGUUACAGGAGACCAGGAUGGUGAUGAUGAUGACAACGACAAGGGGGUUUUUGAGCAGGAAAUGGCGGAGUCUUCUAAAAGUGGCAAACCUAAAGAUGGUCAACUGUUUCCGAGGCAAGAAAUCCAAUCUAUAGAUUGGGAGCAGAUGAAUGCCACCUUCUGGACAGCAGAGAAUCCCAAGAGUUGA